CUAGCUAGUGUUGGAAGGAAGGAAGGCGUGGUGGACGUUACAGAUUUUCAUUAAAUCGAUGAGUACUACACGUAGUCCUAGUGAUUGGGGAAUUUCCAAGAAAUCUCAUCUUCCAGUGAGCUUUAUCAGAAUCACUUAUUUAUAUAUAGAUAAAAAUUAAAUAAAAUACAAGAAGCAUCAGUAGCGCUAAUCGUUGAAACGCGGUGGAGCAGCUGAAGCAGCACCAGCCGCAAAGGCAGGAACGACUUUUUUAUAAAAGGCAUCGAUCAAAGAUUAUGGAUCACAAGAAAUCUCCUGUAAGAAGACAGAAGCGACAAUCGAAAGCGAUCGAGGAAAAUUUCUGGGACUGCAGCGUCUGUACGUACAGAAAUACAGCUGAGGCAUUUAAAUGCCGAAUGUGCGACGUGCGGAAAGGAACCUCCACACGUAAGCCACGCUUAAAUUCAGCUCUCGUCGCACAACAAGCUGCCACCUUGCCAGGCGCAUCAGGCACCAUGCCAAACGGCACAAAAUCUGCAUCAGGCUCACGACAUGGAGCGGGACAUGAGAAGAGCAAACACAAAAAGUAUCCAGCUCGUUUGAAGAAUGUCGAUCGUUCGACAGCUCAAACGCGUGAAGUCACUGUGAAUUCGGUGACAGUGUUCAUUACAGAAUAUAAACCCAAGCCUGUGGGCAGCCGAAGGGAAUCCAGUGAACAGAGUUUUAGCGAAAGCAAUGAUUCACGGAGUUAAAUUUGUGAAGUACAUACAUAUGUACAUAAAUGCAAAUGUAUGGGCUAACUAUGAAAUAUGGCAAAAAUUUAAUUCAAAUAGUAAAGAUAUUAUUGUAUUUUAUUAGAUAAGUUUAUAAAAACAUUGGAUACAGUAAAUGUAAUUAGGCAAAAUACAAUUUUAGCUAACCAAGGAGACGAAUAAUUAAUAUAUAUGUAAUAACUGCAAAUAGGUUUUUUUUGCAAAUACGUUUGAAAAUGACAGUUUGCCGGGGACUACAUAUUACUCACUAUUGGAACGUGCCGUCAAGUCGGAGUAUUGUAAUAUAUUUUUUAUUUUUUUGUACACCAAUAAUUUUCAGUUCUGAUCUUGCAGCGUGCAAAUAAGGGAAUCUUAUUUUUGAUUUAGCACAGCCUAAUAGGAGAGGGCUAACACCUCAUAAGAAUCGCAAAAUACUGUGCAACAACACUGCCUUCAGUUUUCAGACUAGACAUUAUAUAGCCAGGAAUUUUUACAUUCAUAAAGCAUAUAAAUAAAAUACAUAAACAUAUUGCAAAUAAGUGCACAGAACAAAACAAAGCAUAAAUAAGUGACCAGCAACUCAUGUUGCGCUCCACAAAUUCAAAACAAUAGACGAUUCCUCACCGGCUGAACCCGAUAAAUUCUGCUACUGCGACCACAUACAUUUUAAGAGCACGUAAUUCUUUAUAUGGUUGAGGUUUCAAGUGGGUUGCAUGAUAUUCUGUAAAAAAAAAACUACUAUACUUUGUUAAAUCCUUAAACGAUAUGUAUUUGCAUCUGUAAACGCUAAUUUUCCGGUACAUAUGUACAUACAUAUAUAAUGUCAGAUGAAAUUAGAAAAACAGAAGCAAAUCAAUUUUAUCUUUAGACGAUAUGUUUUCGAUUUUUAUACAUAUCUGUAAAAAGUAACGUUUACACAUGCAAAUACAUAGCAAUUUUAGCAGUUUUAAAUUAAUUCUUGUAAAGUUAGGCUUACAGUUUAUAAAAAAACAAAAUCCUGUAGAAAAGCUAGUAUUCCACAUGUAUAAGUUUAUUUUGUAUUGAGUUCAUAAUAAUUCAUACAAAAAUAUGUGUAAAUUUUCUGUAUAAGUGUACUAUCAAUUAUUUAAUACUAAGUUGUUAAAGCGAAACAAAACAGUUAUCACAAUCCCUGUGCAUAUUUGUAAAGCUAUUGUAAAUAAUGUAAGCUAAACUAGAUUUAUUUUGUUUGAAUUUAAGAAAUAUCUAAUUAGUGUUGAAUAUGGAAAAUAAUUCAUCUGUGCUACUUAUUGGUUGGAAGCAUGUUUUUUUAUAAUACUAUUUCAUCUGUAAAACACUACAAAUUAGUCAUAAAAAGUAUGUAAACCCCUUCUUUACGUCAUCAGAAAGGUUUCUAUGCUUAUCUCUCCGAAUAACAACGUUAAAUAUCCUUUCUGAAAAUACGUAGAGCCGCACUAAAUUCAUCACUUCUUCAAAAUUAUGUUAACGCUAUUCUUUAAGAAUUCUGAGCAAAAAAUUAUGUAAUAUAGAAGUAGAAAAUGUAUUUCACUGUAACACUUGUACUUCACAUACAAUAUAUUAAAAAAAAUCUUCAAAAUGUUGGUCAUUUGAUCCAAACAAAAAUGCCGGAUGAAAAUUUAUUGGGCGAUACGCUAUGAAUAAAAAUUACUAUAGUUGAAUAUUUCUCCUGCAAUAAUUUCGACGAAUAUCUUAUAUACAUAAAGUAAACAUUCAUUCAUAAUAACUUCAGAAAAUGUUAAAUUUUUUAUGGCUGUCUUAAACACAUUUAUGCAAAGCAUCAGUCUCUUUUUUGUUUCCAAUUCAUGUCUUAUAUCUAAUGUUGAAUAAAGUUGCGCAAAUUUGAUACUUUCGUUCUCUGUGGAUCAGAAAUAAAAGCGACUGAAAGCAAUUACAUUACAAAAACAUGAUAAUUUUCUUUUAACAAAAAAGACUGAUUAUUCAUAUGAAAUACAAAUGAAAAUAUUAAGUUUUUGUUUUAAGACAUUGUUAUGUAACUCAAGCACGUCAGUGUGUUAUUUUUAAAUCCCAUUUUCACUAUUUUGUUUUUUGGCAAUUAUUGAAUUUAUAAAAUUUGCGUAGAUAAGCAAUUUUUCAAAUUUUGUAUUGUAUUAAGAAAAUUAGUAUUAUUAUUUUGGCACAGUGAUUGCAAAGCUAAUACAUGUUAAUUAUAUUUUUGAAAUAUACUAUAUUUACUUUUUUUUUCAACUUAAUAUUUGUAAUCUAAUGAUUAUCUCCUUAAAUGAGCGUUUAGUUAAU